AUGGCCCUUCAAUUUACGUGUGUUGGGAUGAAGAUGAAGGCUGUUUUUUGCUUCAUGUUUUUGUUAGCAGUGCCUUUAUUUGGCAGUGCAGCCAGAUUGAGCAUGGAGAAUCUUGAAGUUAAGAAGCACUUGAACAGUCUGAACAAACCUCCUCUCAAGUCCAUUAAGAGCCCAGAUGGCGACAUCAUUGACUGUGUUCAUAUGUCUCAUCAACCAGCUCUUGAUCAUCCUUUACUUAAAAAUCAUACAAUUCAGACGAGGCCGAAUUAUCAUCCAGAAGGUCUAUUUAGAGACAAAAAAGUGGGCAAAAAUGUUGAAGGUCCAAAACCAAUUACUCAGUUGUGGCACAUGAAUGGGAGAUGCCCAGAGGGCACAAUUCCAAUAAGAAGAACAAAGAAAGAGGACUUGUUGAGAGCAAGUUCAAUUAAGAGUUAUGGGAAGAAAAAUCACAGAAGGGUCCCUAAACCAAAGUCUGCUGAUCCUGAACCUGACCUUAUCAACCAAAGUGGUCAUCAGCAUGCAAUAGCGUAUGUUGAAGGAGACAAAUAUUAUGGAGCAAAGGCAACUCUAAAUGUAUGGGAUCCUAAAAUUCAACAAUCAAAUGAAUUCAGCUUGUCCCAGAUUUGGAUUUUGGGAGGUUCAUUUGCCUCAGAUUUAAACAGUAUUGAGGCUGGUUGGCAGGUUAGUCCAGAUUUAUAUGGGGAUAGCAACACAAGACUUUUCACCUAUUGGACAAGUGAUUCUUAUCAAGCCACGGGCUGCUACAACUUGCUGUGUUCAGGCUUUAUUCAAAUCAAUAAUGAAAUAGCAAUGGGGGCUAGCAUCUCCCCUAUUUCUGGCUAUCACAGUUCCCAAUAUGAUAUCAGCAUUCUUGUCUGGAAGGACCCCAAAGAAGGAAACUGGUGGAUGCAAUUUGGGGAUGAGUAUGUACUGGGAUACUGGCCUGGAUAUUUAUUUUCAUACUUGACAGAUAGUGCAACAAUGAUAGAAUGGGGAGGAGAAGUAGUAAACUCAGAAUCAGAUGGACAACACACCACAACACAAAUGGGGAGUGGCCAUUUCCCUGAAGAAGGAUUUGGUAAAGCCAGUUAUUUCAGGAAUAUUCAAGUAGUAGAUAACUCAAACAACUUAAGGCCUCCAAAAGACAUUGACACUUUCACCGAGCAGUCAAAUUGCUACAAUGUACAACUUGGCAAGAGCAAUGAAUGGGGCAGUUAUUUCUACUAUGGUGGCCCUGGUAGAAACCCUAAUUGUCCAUGA